AUUUGUAUUAAAGUUAUUUGUGUAUAAAAAGUGUUACCAAUGAUUUUUCUAAAGCAGAUUAUGGAUGCUGUAACGGCAGCCUCCCACGUUGGAGUUUUCGUAUCCACCUUGGUAGCCACCAUCACCUAUCUCAAUUACGACUUUUUCGACACCGAAAACAGACCAAUUGACGUUCCCACCGAUCAAUUGUUGGAUAGAUACGACUUUAUAGUUGUUGGUUCCGGAUCGGCAGGGGCGGUCGUAGCCAAUAGGCUUAGUGCGAUAGAGAAAUGGAAAGUACUACUCUUGGAAGCAGGUGGAGACGAAACUGAAAUAUCGGAUGUUCCCUUAAUGGCGGCGUAUCUACAGCUAUCGCAACUUGACUGGAAAUACAAAAGUGAACCACAGGGGCAAGCAUGUUUAGCGAUGAACAACGGGAGAUGUAACUGGCCCAGAGGAAAAGUUAUAGGAGGAUCGUCAGUGCUAAACUACAUGCUGUACUUGAGGGGAAACAAAAAGGACUAUGACAUAUGGGAAUCUUUAGGCAAUCCGGGCUGGGGAUCUAAAGAUACUUUAUAUUAUUUUAAAAAAAGUGAAGACAAUCAAAACCCGUAUCUUACCAAAACUCCAUAUCACGGCAAAGGAGGCUUUCUAACCGUGUCGGAACCACCGUUCAGGACACCCCUAGUAGCUGCUUUUCUUGAAGGCGGCAAACAACUGGGCUACAAAAACCGAGACAUCAACGGAGAGUUCCAGUCUGGAUUCAUGAUGGCUCAAGGCACCAUCCGUAGUGGCGCGCGCUGUUCAACUGGAAAAGCUUUCCUAAGACCAGUUAGACUCAGACCAAACCUACACAUCGCAAUGCACUCCCACGUUACUCGAGUCCUUAUCGACCCCACUACUAAAAUCGCUUUUGGUGUUGAGUUCUUGAGGGACGGUAAAGUAUACAGAGUUAGAGCAAACAAAGAAGUGAUUUUAUCGGCAGGAGCUGUAAACUCUCCGCAGAUUCUCAUGUUAUCCGGGAUCGGUCCAAAAAAAGAACUGGAACGGCACAAGAUUCCAGUCAUUCAAGACCUCCAAGUAGGAAACAACCUACAAGACCACAUAGGAUUGGGAGGAUUGACUUUCCUCAUAAACAAACAGGACUCUAUAACCCUGGAUAGGGUGUCUUCAGUGGGAACUGUAAUGCGGUACGCUAUGUUUGGGGACGGUCCCUUGACAAUCAUGGGGGGAGUUGAAGGGUUGGCCUUUGUCAACACAAAAUACGCCAACGUUUCCGACGACUUUCCUGACAUAGAAUUUCAUUUCGUCAGUGGAUCUGCGCAUUCAGAUAAUGGAUCCCAAUUAAAGAAAGCACACGGACUUUCCAACGCUUUCUAUAAUCGCGUGUUCAAGCCCAUCGAAAACCAAGACGCUUGGAGUGUUAUUCCUAUGCUACUGAGACCGCGAAGUAGAGGCGUGAUAAGACUGAGAAGCAAGAAGCCCCUGGAUCCUCCUUUAAUUUAUCCCAACUACUUUUUCGACGAUUUCGAUAUGAAAACGCUUAUAGAAGGUGCGAAAAUUGGAGUGGCUUUGAGUCAAACGCCGGCUUUUCAAACAUAUGGAAGUAAACUACACGAUUUUCCUCAGUGUACCCCGUUUGGAAGAUAUACCGAUAAAUUCUUCGAGUGUAUGAUUAGACUGUAUUCUGCCACCAUUUACCAUCCGGUUGGUACGGCGAAAAUGGGCCCUUAUUGGGACCAACAGGCGGUGGUCGAUCCCCAACUUCGAGUCUACGGUAUUAAAGGAUUGCGGGUGAUAGAUGCCAGUAUAAUGCCGAAUUUGGUUAGUGGUAACACGAAUGCUCCGGUUAUAAUGAUUGGGGAAAAAGGGUCGGAUUUAAUAAAAGAAUUCUGGCUUAGGAAUAUUGAAUCUGCUAACCAAUCAGCAACGAAAAUGUCGACGAUAAAUCAACAGAUGAAUCUUUAUUCGAUAACUCGAAUGGCUAUGACCUUAGGACCUGGACUGGGCUUUUUAUUAUAUCUUCACUCGGCAGUAUUAAAUCAAAGGCCCGAUAUUAUUGACAGGGAAAACCACGUAAAAGAUACAGGUUAUACAAACCUAAAAGACAGUUACGACUUUAUCAUAGUUGGCGGGGGUAGUGCGGGAACCGUUCUUGCCAACAGACUAUCAGAAAAUCCGUAUUGGGACGUGCUUCUAUUAGAAUCUGGCGCAGAUGAAAUUAGUAUAACGGAUAUGCCGUUAAUGUUUCCGGCAUUGCAGUUAACACCAUUUGAUUGGCAAUAUAAGACUGAGCCCGGGGACAAAUAUUGCCAGGCUAUGGUAGAUGGAAAAUGUAACUGGCCCAGAGGAAAAGUUUUAGGCGGUUCGUCGGUUUUAAACGCAAUGCUUUAUGUGAGAGGAAAUAAGAAAGAUUAUAAUAGAUGGGCUGAAUUAGGUAAUACCGGAUGGAGUUACAACGAAAUACUGCCAUACUUUAUCAAAUCAGAAGACAUGAGAAUUGACGAGUACAGAAAUGACCCGUAUCACGGAACCGGAGGAUAUCUGAACGUAGAAUACUUUAGAUACCGUUCGCCAUUAUCGUAUUGGUGGUUAGAUGCAGCCAAAGAAGCUGGCUAUCCAGUAAGAGAUAUUAAUGGAGAGUACCAAACUGGAUUUACACUGUCACAUGGUACAUUAAGAGAUGGUCUUCGUUGUAGCACGGCAAAAGCAUUUAUCAGAUCAGUUUGUCAUAGACCUAAUCUUCACGUUAGUUUACAUUCAGAUGUAGAAAAAGUCUUAAUGAACGAAAAUUACCAGGCUUAUGGAGUGGAGUUUAAAAAAUUUGGAAUAAAAAAAAGAGUUUACAGUAGUCGAGAAGUGAUUUUGAGUGCUGGUUCCCUAGGCUCGCCGCAACUAUUAAUGCUGUCUGGAGUUGGUCCAAAAGAUCAUUUGGAAGAUGUUGAAAUAGAACCACUGGUAGAUUCCCCUGGCGUCGGUAUGAAUAUGCAAGACCACGUUGCUAUGGGAGGUGCUUCAUAUUUGUUUGAACCAGGCGAAGAAUACGCAAAUACGACAUGCAGUUUUAAUCUACCAAAGAUUUUUUCUACGGAAACAGUUAAUGAGUUUGCUCAAAACAGAACCGGACCAAUUUAUUGGUUACCAGUUUGCGAGGUAAUGGGCUUUGCAACAACAAAGUACGGAAACGAAACAGAAGAUUGGCCCGAUACCCAAUUUUUUAUGGCGGCGUAUAGUGAUUGCUCCGAUGGUGGCUUGUUCAGUAAGAAAGCUGUGGGCCUGAAAGAUGAGGUGUACUCAGCUGUGUAUGAAGAAAAUAUAUACCAAGAAACAUUUACGGUCAUAACACUCCUGAUGAGACCAAAAUCACGAGGUCGCUUACUUUUAAAGGACAAGAAUCCAAGUUCCAAAAUACUAAUAUAUCCAAAUUAUUUUGAUGAUCCGGAAGAUGUUAAAGUGUUGGUGGAAGGUGCAAAACUAGGUCACAAAAUAGUAACAGAAACUCCCACAAUGCAGAAAUAUAAAGCAAGAUUCAACCCUUUAAAAAUACCUGGUUGUCACGAAUUAGACAUUCUAUCGGAUGAAUAUUGGACCUGUUUAGCAUACCAUUAUACAAUGACAAUUUACCAUCCAGUUGGCACGGCCAAAAUGGGUCCUGACGAUGAUAAAAUGGCUGUUGUUGAUCCAAGAUUAAGAGUCAGAGGUGUGAAGAAUUUACGAGUCGUAGACUGCAGCAUAAUGCCGUAUAUUCCAACCGGAAAUACCAACGCUCCAGUUAUAAUGGUGGCAGAAAAAGCGGCUGACAUGAUAAAAGAAGAUUGGGGUGUUAUUAAUGAUGAAUAUACUAAUUCUAGGGAGGCUCAACACGAGGAUGUCGAAGGAUCUGACGAAUCUCUUGAUCAAGAGGACAAAACUGCAAAAAAUUCACUUAACAAUAAACAAGAUGGAGGGGACAUUUUUGAUAAACCGUCGGAUACAAAAAAGGAUCGUAACCAACACGAUGAUAUAAAACCUCAACGAGUUUUGGAAAAAACUCCAUCAUUAAAUGAAGACUUAGAUUAUUGGUAGAAAACAUACUGGGUCUUGUUUAAUAGAAAUACAGCGUGUCACAAUAUUCCGACAUAGAACUACUACGUAUUUUUGGAAUCAAAAUAAGUUCAUUGGGCACAAUUUACCUCUACCUACCAAAGUGCAUCGUUUGUCCGCUAGAGGGCAUCAAAAUUUAAAACAAAAAAAUAAAAUAAACUCAUUUUUUCAGAUAAUUUAAAAACCGUUAUUCCGAUUUGAAUGAGAUUUUGGGUGUCUAUGUUUUGCUAAGUGCUUUAAAGGUGCGUCCAGACUUGAGCAUUUUAGCCCGAACGAACAGAACGAACCGAACGCGCAGAGCCGAAGUCUGGACCUGUCCCCGAGCCGAAUUCGGCGUGCAGACUUAGCGAAUUCUGCUCUGCGCGUUCUGUUCGUUCGGGCUAAAAUGCUCCAGUCUAGAUGCACCUUAACAUUUGACUUUCACAAAUAUCAAGAACAAUUACGAGAAGGGUGAAAACUACCCUCCCCCUACAUAAAUUUUAGUAUAAAUAUUUUCCAACUCUAUAUACAUACAACAGAUUUUCUUUUUGUCAAAUAAUCCCUCUAGUAUUUACGACAUUUUUUGUCUCUAUCAAAAAAAAAAAAAACGCCACACGCGUAGUUUUUGAGAAAAAAA